GCGGAGGCCAGUCGAGCUCCCGAUUCCAUCCUCCAGAUCCGACCUCUCCGGUCUCCCAUCUCCAAAAACCCUAACUCCGAUCCCCCUUCCCGAUUGUUUCGCCGGCCAAAUCGUUCAGAUCUCUCGCAUCAUCUUGAGAGCUGCAGCCCGGAAUUGCUUUAAUCUGGUUUUCCUUAGAUUCUUGAGGGAUUCGAAGUUUGGAUGCGCCCGGCAGAUUGGCGCUUGAAUGGGUUCCUAUGGUCUCAUUGGUGAGACAUCAAGGCCGCGCCGAGCGAGAAGGCUCGGCCGCGCGUGGAAGCGGAGGUGUUCCCUGUGGUUGUUCUCGCUCUCCUUGCUCUCUCUGGUUUAUCUCGCUUUCUUUGGGGCCAGGUUGCCAUUUGAUAGUCUUCACCAUGGACAUGUGAAUGAAAGAAUUUUUGCCAAUGAAGUUGAGAAGAGCAAGAUGAGACAUGCAAAUGACUACAUAUCUGAGGAUAUAAAUACUCUUCUUGAAGGGCAAGGUUCUCAUACUUCUUUGGGAAAAGAAAUCUCUGUCAACAAAUCAAAUUUUCGGAACUUGGGCUUUGCUUCAGAUAUCAAAAACAAUCUCUCACAUGCUAGGGCUGAUAGUCAGCUUGAGGGCUCAAAACAUUCAAGAGCCAAAUCUCGCAAGCGCCAUGUUCCUUGUGAAGUUGGGUUUGCAGAGUCAGUUGACAAUCUUGUCGAGCCAGAAAAUUACCUAAAUUUUACUAAAUUUUCUCUAGAAUACAUCACUAAGGAGGAAACUUCUAAUAAGAAUGUUGUGAUUGAGCCUCGAUUUGGUGGGCAUCAGACACUUGAACAAAGGGAGAAAUCAUUUUAUGCUAGAAAUCAAACAAUUUAUUGUGGUUUUGUUCAAGCGCCAGAGGGAUACCGUGGUACUGGAUUUGACUUGUCUGAGAAGGACGGGGAGUAUAUGGCUAGUUGCAUAGUUGUGGUGUCGUCUUGUAUUUUUGGAAAUUCUGAUUUUUUGCGGAGGCCAACAAGCAGCAAGAUCGGCACAUAUUCUAAGAAGAAUGUCUGCUUCAUGAUGUUCCUGGAUGAGCUAACGUUGAAAAAACUUUCUUCAGAAGGACAUGUUCCUGAUGACAUGGGAAACAUUGGUCUAUGGCGAAUAAUUGUCGUCAAGAACUUACCAUAUGCAGAUAUGCGAAAAACUGGAAAGGUGCCAAAAUUUUUGUCCCAUCGUCUGUUUCCAUCAGCUAGGUUCUCUAUUUGGAUUGAUAGCAAAAUGCGUCUUCAUGCUGAUCCGAUGUUGAUUCUUGAAUACUUUUUGUGGAGGACAAGAUCAGAAUAUGCUAUCUCAAACCAUUAUGAUCGCCAUUGUGUCUGGGAGGAAGUACUCCAGAACAAGCGCUUGAAUAAGUACAAUCAUACUGUUAUUGACCAGCAGUUUAUGUUCUAUCAGUCUGAUGGUUUGUCGAAGUUUAAUGAGUCCGAGCACAGCUCUAUUCUACCAAGUUUUGUUCCAGAAGGUUCUUUUAUCGUACGAGCUCAUACGCCUAUGUCAAAUUUAUUUUCUUGCCUCUGGUUUAAUGAAGUCAACCGGUUCACCUCACGUGAUCAGUUGAGUUUUGCAUACACUUUUCUAAAGCUGAAGAGAAUGAAUCCAGGAAGGCCAUUUUAUCUAAAUAUGUUUAAGGAUUGUGAGCGGAGAGCAAUUGGCAAAUUGUUCCAUCAUAAGUUGGUAGAUCAUUCUUCACCGGUACUUUGAGAAGAUAAUUUUAGAUUCUUCAGUCUCAUACUAAGCUUGGAAGGUAGGAACAGACAGCUUGACCACCAGAGACUCCUCGAAUCAAUGCUCAGCUACAGAGGGAGGGAGGAAGAACCAGAUAUGGAUUUAAUUCCUAGAAGAGCAGAGGCUCUUCAUGCGGAUUUUGUUGCAGAGCAAGGAUCUUUUCUUUAUUGUUUUUCAUAAUUCAACCUUUCUUGCUGGUUGUUGUAUUCUCAUAUUUUUUUUCUCAUAUAUGAACAUAUAUUUUUGUCUC